UGAAAACAAAAAAUCUAGCUUCGCCACUUUCUCAUAGAUGUUAUUUUGCCUUUAUUUUGCUUAUACAACCGAGGCAGAACUUUGUGAUAACUUAAAACGCUUUCGUUUUAAGUUUUUGGGGUAAUUUUAAGUGAUUGGAGCUCGACAUGAGUUCGUGGAACUGUUGUAGAACAUGCCUCGGCACCGCUUCUUUAAGCCCAAUAUUUUUACAAACAGAACACAGUGAGCAUUAUACAAAUGUCAUAUUAAUUGCUACAGGAGUCAAGGUUGAGGUUAAUGACUGUUUACCUCAAGAAGUUUGCCAGCCCUGCGUAUCAUUCAUAAAUGAAACAAUGAAGUUCCGUAAAAAAUGUGAACUCGCCCAAAUAACACUCCGAAAUAGACUUAACGAUAACACUCACAACAUAAAACAAGAAUUUAACAAACCAGAUACAAUAUCUAUAGAUAUUUCAGAAUAUGUAGAUGAUGAUUUUAAAGACUAUGAUGACAAUAUUACCUUAAAUACACUACAAUUAUCAGAAGAAACUUUAGAUAAUAAGUGUACAGAAAAUAUAGACGAUAUAAAAAAUAUAGAAACCGAAAACAAAGUACAAGAGACCACAGAUAAUAAAGUUAUUUUAGAAAAAGUUAAAAAAGAAGUAAAAAAGAGGAGGGUUAAAAAGAAAGAGAUGAACGGACAGAAGGUAAAAGAAGAAAUAGAAUGUGAAUAUUGCCAUAAGAUCUUGACGUCAAAACUGUCGAUUAGGAAUCAUUAUAAAAUACAUACUGGUUUUGAUGUGGUUUGUGAGCAUUGCGGCAAGAAAUUUAUAACCCGUCGAUUGCUGCUGAUGCACUGUCGAGCGAAGCACGGCUACGAGAAGACUGACAAGUGCUCGUACUGCGACUACCGAGCGUCCAAUGCGGAGCAAGUCAAGAUUCACGAGAGGCUACACACUGGCGAGAAACCUUACGUGUGCGAACAGUGCGGCGCGGGCUUCCACAGGAAAAGCUCCUAUCUACAACACAUCGCCAUUCAUCUGCCUGAGAAAACUGUUCAGUGUACAGUAUGCCCGGCGCGCUUCAAAUCCGUCACUCUGAUGAGGAUUCACGCUGCGCGCCAUCGAGCCCCGCGGUACACUUUCCAGUGUACCCUCUGCGAGAACAGCUUCGCCAGACGGAGGAACGUAGCGCGUCACGUGCAGCGAAUCCACGGGCUGCCUCCGGAGCCCGACGCUAUUAUCCGGCGUAAGAUAGCGUGACAGUCUUCAGAGCAAUAAUAUGUAUACUAGACUAUCCUCCUAAAGCCCAAGGUCCUACCUAUAGUAUUCAGUUCAAUUAAAUUUAUAUCAUAAUCGAUUGGAACAGAGUUGCUUUUGCUUUUUUUCGUUCAGUGUUUGACCAACGCAAAAUCAACUCUAUUUCCUACAUUGUAGGUUCAAAUUUCUGUGUCAAAUUUUGUAUUUUUUAUUUGUAUGGCCUUAGGAUAUAUGAAGCGCGUCUUGCAAUACCUUCGAGCAACGCGGCUUCCGACAUGUCGGAAGGGAGGAGCCUAAGCGAUAUCUUACCGUACUUGAUUGUCCUAAUGUAAUGUUGCGCAUAAAACUCAAUCAAUCAAUCAAUAUCAUUUAUUUGCAAGAAUACAUAAUUAUAGUUACAUGAUGUUCUUAUAGAAUAUUGUACAGUAUCCUAUCGUACUUAAACGAUGCGCAAAUCGUUUCGCAUAAUUGUUAUUGUGCUAAAACUAAUAACAUUUCUGAAAGAUUAUAAAACAACCCUAACCUAACCUAUUCUACACAACCUAUGCAAAGUAUUUUCCAAAAUACUCUUUGUUUCAGCUGGAGAACAAUUAUACGAAAAGAAUUGUAUGCGUAACAGUACAUUAGGACAAUCAAUUAUUAUGCAACGAGAUCGGCACCCCUCACCGUAUAAAUCGUUCUGCCAUUUUUUGCGGGGGGAAACGUGACAGUCGCACUUCUCACUCACUACAUACAAAAUCCAAUCUGUAAUGACGACACAAAUACAUAGAACAUGACACACGACAAAGACAAAUCUUGCACACCUCGAUCUCUUUUUGUGUACGGAUGAGUCACUACACGCAUCGCUAUAGGUACAGUUGUACCUAUGCUUCGGCAGAGGGGAAAUAUGUAGUACGAAUGCCGUCUCCCUUCCCGAUGAUAGACAGAUAAGAUAUACUGGGUCAAGCAAAUCUUGUCAGUAGCAAACGGCGGCAAAUUUGAAAAAUCGCGGGUUAGCAACACUGUGUUCGAAUAAUUCGAAAAUCGCGUGUCGUCUGUGUUUUAUCUGUGGAAUGUGGAUCGUGAAUGACAGCCAUCAUCUCGUUUGUUUACAUUCUGAAUCGUUUCUAUUUCAAGAGAUAUUCUGCUAUGUGACCAUUAAAUACCAAUAGGUAUUUUAAAUAAGAUUGUGCAUGACCUUCAGCAAAGGUUAGGUGUCUAGAAUGCCUACAGUGCCAACUGAGAAAUCUAAUAAAAUAUUAAAAUCCAGUAGGACAUCUACCUGCAGUAGCAAUGAUUUUAUUCAUACAUUCUUGUUUUACGGCAAAGUCCGCUUCUAAUUUUAUUUUAGGAUCUUCAAAUUUGUUAAUCAUUUUUAACAAUUAUCAAUUUCAAACAUUAUAAUACACAGAAUACAAUAUAUUAAUAACAAUUACAAACAUUUUCAAUAAAAUAAACCGCGAGUGACAAUUUGAAUUGACGUACGUAAGGCGCGCUUAGCAAAUAAAAAGUUUUGGUUCGAUGUACAUUGCUGCUUAUCUUAGCGCAAUACUACUCUUUGAGUGUUGCCCUACUUUAGUUUGCUUUACAUUGCUACUGACAAGAUUUGCUUGAUCCACAACAUUUAUUUCUGAUUGAAAAUUUACAUGUUAUUCUUCCUUAAAAAUAGCAGAAAUUCACAAAAUGUUGCUUGAAUUGCAAUACGGUCUAACAGAAAAGAAUGUUAUAAGCUAACAUUUAUAUUAUUUAACGUGAUAUUAAAUUUGAGAAUAAUUUUUAUGUGAAACAAUCGUGCGAAUAAUUUAACUUAUUUCCAUUUUAUAGAUGCAUAUUUAUUUUAGAAUGUUAUUUUAAUUUUUAUAUUCUUAUAGCUCAUACAUUUGACGAUUUAAAUUUGAUUUGAUUUAAUCUGUUAAUGUACUUAAAUAAAAAAAAUAUCUUUGUAUAUUUUGUUUCAAUACACAUACCUACUAUUAUAUUAUUUACGUUACAUUAUAUAAUAUACAAGGUACUAAAAAUAGCCAAAAUCAUCGUACUUAGUAUAAAAGGUGAAACAUAAUCCUCUUUUGAGUCUUUUGUACGAUGCCCACCGUACCGAGUCCGCGUCCAAGCGCAUUUUACUAGUUGCCAAAGGAAUUUAGAAUGUCUGUACAGCAGUCUGUCUGUCUGUCUGCUGCAUACAGAUUACAAUGGUCCCUUACACCAUAAAAUUUAAAUUAAUAUCUUAGGAGUAAUCGUUAAUUAAAGUUCCAUUUAGAGCCAUGUAACUUGUACGAAAUGUUAAAGACCUUCCGUUAGUGCCAAUUUUUACCACCGCAUACUUACUUUUUAGUAUUUGUUGUUAUAGCGGCAACAGAAAUACAUCAUCUGUGUUUCAACUGUCUAGCUAUCACGGUUCGUGAGAUACAGCCUGGUGGCAGACAGACAGAUGGACAGUGGAUUCUUAGUAAUAGGUUCCCGUUUUUACCCUUUGGCCAACCAAACGAAACCAAAGGGUAAAAACGGGACCCUAUUGCUAAGUAAGUACCCAAGUACUCGAAACGGUCGUCCACUUUUAAUGGUCGUUAUUUAUUAACAUAAUUUCUAUAUAUGCAUUAUAUAAGAAAGUCCACCCCCUGUUGCGUUCUUUGAAUUUUUUGAUUUUCUUAUUAAUAUCAAUAAUAACGUUUUCAUACAACUCGUUAAAUUUAAUAUUUGGACUAACUGUAAAGUUUUCUGAAGAGAAUGGUAUAAUAUCCUCUUUAUUGUGUUUAAUUAAAAGAAAUUUAGCGUAAUAUGUGAAGAUUGCUUGCAAAUGAACGUGUCCACGCAGGUUUGUUAUUGUGAUGUUUUCUGAUUUUGAAGAUAACGUAAGCAUAUACAAUUCAGGCACGGAAAAUUGCACCCCGUCAGUUCCGCGUACUCUGUACGUUAAUAUGCGGCCACAGAAAUCAAACGAAAUAAAAUAUGCAGCUAAUGAGUUUGAAUGCAGGAUGCUACUUAAAUGUCCCUCCCAAUUAUCUUUCUCGUCAUUACUUAAACAUAGAGCGCAGAAAGGCAUCGUUGAAUUUAUCUUAAUAUGACAAAGUUAAAUGAAUCUUCAAACCAAAAUGGGUAAUUCUACGUUUCACCUUUUGGACACCAAUGACCGAUAUAUCGGCACCGCAGGUCCGACGCCAAAGACGGAUUAAUCGGUCACAGUCUCACAGACCACAGAGCAACAUAGACCUACGUGCAUAUGCAUAAAGUUCAAUUUCAGUUUUGACACUUCGGUGACGCGGCGUCCGAGGCUUUUG